UUUUGCUGAUUUUUUGUUUAUUAUCAAGAGGAAGGAUAUAAACCGAAUUGUGUUAUGCCAUUUAUACAUUUAUGAGCAAAAUUUAUGUUAAAAAAAGUGUUAGGAAAAAGCAUAAAUGUGUGUUGUAUACUUGAAACUUGUUUGAAUUAACUUAUUUUAUGUGCUUUUAAUUGAAAUAAUUUUUAAGUAUUUUUUACAGUGUUUGAGUAACAUAAAAAGUGCGCUUUUAAGGGUUUACUUUAAACUAAAAUAACAAAAAUAAGUCAAGAGUUACAUGAUGGGAUUUCUAAACGAGCUCUUGUAUUGAAAGAGUAGAACCGAGUGAAAGGAUGAAGGGUUAUUGGCAUUGGUGAUUAGUUAAGUGUGAAAGAUAAGGAGAAAACUUGGAAAUUGAAAGUGGCUUCUACUUCUUAGGUGGCCAAAAUGGAAGAGAAGAGGGUCUUUUUGGGGACUAGUGUUUUUUUUAUAAUCGUGGUGCUUGGGUCAGGUUGCGCGCACCUCAACUAAUUCCAUGAGAUACCUGCACCCACCUCCCACCAGCAUAUAUCAGGAUUAUUCAUACUUGUUGUAGCCGGUACUGGAUGACAUUAGACAAAAUAAAGCUAUGGAUGUUUGAAUGGUAUAGCAAUGGAAACUAUAUUCUCUCACCUUCUGGUAAGUAUUUGAAGUAUAUUUGAACCAAGUGAACUGGUUUGGAGUAGAUUACUACAGCCGAAACAAGAUUCAUUCUUUGGCUUGCGACGUUGAGGAAACUGCUUACCAAAGAACAGAGGCGAACCUGCACCCGCUAGCCUCAAGAAAGAUUGUGUAUAUAUGGUUUGUAUAUCUAUAUACAUAUCAGAGUAUUAUAUUAAAUAUAUGUUGUGCACCAACAAUAACAACUAGGUUGAUUGGUGAGAUGGUUCGGUAUGCCACUUGAAAGUUGCUCUUAAUGUGUGAUUGCUCAGGUUCGAGCCCCAACAACAACGUUUUAUUGCUCCUUUUAUCAUUUUCCAAUUUUCUAUUGCGUGAUUGCUCAGGUUCGAACCCCAACAACAAUGUUUUUUUAUUGCUCCUUUUUCCAUUUUCCAAGUUUCUUUACACUUGUUGUGCAAAUGUAUAUAUUUAUCUUUUGAUUAAAAAAGACUUCCUACUUAGUAGUCAUUUAUUUCAUACUUUUUCUUUUUUCUUUUAUGUGUUGUGGAUAUUAUUGAGCUAUUUUUUAUUUUAUUUCAAAAUACAAGCUUCUCUCCAACUUCAAAAGGUAGAUAUUCUCCCUAGCUUAUACUGUAUAAUAUUUAUUUUCUUUUAAUCUUUUGAUCAUUGAGUUAUUUUUUAUUUAAAAAAUUAGCAAUUUAAAGUUUGAGAUAGGCUUAAAUCAAACGUUACCCGUUGCAACUAUCUAGCAAAAAAAUCUCACGAAUUUCAUAUUUUUCGAAAACUUUCUAUUAUUGUUCAAAAUAUAAAAGUACGUUCAAUUUAAGUACGGUGAAUAACUCACUUUUGUCAUAUUAAAGCUAAUUAAUGAUAUUCAAUAAUAUUAAAAUUUUGCUUAUAAAAUACUAUAAUUAAUAAGUUUUCAAAGAAAUGUAUGUCGAACUUUGACACUAUUAAUUACUAUAUUUAAAUAUAGAGGUACACCUGUCAAGCUUAAAUCCUGGGUUCGCCUCUGCGAAGGAUAGGAUGGUGGGAUGGUGGGCAUGGCCGGGAACAGGUUGUGAAACUGUGGAGUGUGUGCUAUGUGACCAAGCUAUAUUAGAAAACUUUCAUGACCUCUUUGGUGAAUGUUGUUGGUCUAAUGAGGUUUGGACAGAGUUGACACAAUGGGUAGGGAUUUAUGUCCCUCAGUAUGAAGCAGCAACAGCAGUGAGGUGCAUUAACAGAAGCAUUGGUGCUCGUUCAAAAAGGAACUAAUGACCACAAUGUAUGGCGCAAUGGUUUAUUUCACAUGGCAGAGCAGGAACUGGAAAAUCUUCAGGAAACUGGAUGUGCAUAAAAGUUUUGUCACACAACAGAUACAGUCUGUACUAAAGGAGAGAAUAGGAAUGUACAGGGACUCGAAGCAAGUGUGAAAAUGUAUAGGGAUUAUAGGAACAUUAUUUGGUUAGUAUUUGUUUUACUGUCAUCCAUCCUUUAAGAUGGGUGGCAUUGCAGGUGCUCUCUGGUUGUAUGUAAGGUGGCUUGUAGGUGGUAAUAAGAGUUUCCCGUUUAUUACCAAAUAUAUAUAUAUAUAUAUAUGAAAUAUGUGUAUUUGGUUAGUAUUGAUUGUUCUAUAAUUUAAUUUAAUACAAGAAUUAAGUACUUUUGCACAGGUAACUCUCGAUGGAUAAAUGGAGACGUUCUUUGAAUACUUUAUAAAGACCUCUUUGUUCUAACUUCUAUUCACUUCACUAUAAAAUACACUUUUUGCUCUCUGUUUUUGAGAGGCUAAUUGACAUUACAGAAUCAUCACGACUCAAGAUAAUAUUAAAAUAGCUGCUACUGAAAUGGAUAAAGAAGAUCGAAUAAGUUAUCUGCCAAGAAAUGUGAUCGAUCAUAUCUUUGAGCUCCUUCCUGUCGAAGAUGUAGCAAGAACUAGUAUUUUGUCCACAAAGUGGAGAUAUAUUUGGGCCAUGCUUCCAAAUCUGGUGCUCGAUGAUCUCUUUUGCAAUAAAUUAGCAUCAAGAUCUCAAUAUGUCUUCGGACAAACAAUAGACAAGAUUCUCUUACAACAUAUCGGUGACAUUGUGAAGUUUGAUCUCGAUAUGUCAAGAGUACAGCAGUCUCCGUGUCCAGAUAUUGAUAGAUGGAUACUUUAUGCCACCAGAAAUGGUGUCAAGAAGCUAAAGCUUAACAUGCCAAAAUGUAGUACUUACAAAUUGCCUUCUUAUAUAUUUAAUUGUCCAACCCUGACAAAAUUGAAACUCUUCAACUGUGCCACCAAACUCCCAAAAUCUUUUCGUGGCUUUCAGAGUCUCACAACGCUUUUACUGGGAAAAGUAACCUUUGUUUCAACUACAGAAGUUUGUGUUAUUAAUGCUCCCCUUCUUGUCAAUUUGACCUUGAUGGACUGUAAUGGUACUCAAUAUUUCAACAUUGUUUCAGCUGGGUUGAAGUCCUUGUGUUUUCGUGAUAGUCACAGUAAUAUUGACCUAAGUUGCUUUAUGAUCUGCAAAAAGCUGACAUAUUUAUAUCUCGAGGUUGGUAAUUAUUCAACACCUGCUGAAAGAUUAACUUUGGAAAAGUUUCUUCUUAGCUUGACUACACUUGAGGUACUUACUUUGUGUUCACUUGAACUUGAGCUUUUGAGUGCAGGUGCAGUUCCAAAGGGGCUACCUUUUACGCUCAACUGUUUGUGGCAUCUACAUUUAGGUGUAAACUUCAACCAUAUCGGCCAGACUUAUUAUGCUCUUGAGUUGAUUAAGAGUUCCCCCAAUUUGAGUAAACUUGAGAUUUGGGUCUCUGAUUCUUGUGAUUCUGCUGAAGUAGUUUUGAAAUAUAUAGACGCACCAACUUACUUGGACCAACCGCUCAACAAGCUCAAAGAUGUUACCGUGCAUUAUUUUACGGGUUCAAAAACUGAACUCUUUUUCAUAAAGCUAUUGCUUGCUCGUACUCCAUCUUUGGUAAGAAUGAGUAUCGAUCCUUGUGGUUCUUUGGAAGAGUGGAAAAUUGCCAUAGAAUUGAUGCGUUUUCCUAGAGCAUCUCCCAAGGCAGAGCUAUUCUAUUUGACAAAUGUAGACUAGAAUUUUAAGUCAGUUGAUUUUUUGAUUUGAGGCUACAAAGGCAUGAUGCUAUAUGUUUCCUUAAUUACUUCGAUAAACUUGUUCUUAAAUAGAUGAUUUAAAAGUUCAAUCGCUAUUGAUGUGUGUGAUAUGAUUAGCAGUCCUUUGCUAAUUUCUUCCAUAUGUAUUGGGAUGGACAGGAAGAAAGAAUGAAAAUACUUUCUUUGUU